AAAAACAUUUCAAAAAGUCUAGUUUUUAGCUUCCGGUUUAGUUUUUCUCAAAUUUAAGCUUUGUUACAAAUUUAAAUAAUUUAAACAAAAUUUGAUAACACCAUAAACAGCGUUUCUUACCGUUCAAAUUGCGAAUAUGAGGUAUUUUAAUCAAAGAUGUUGCACUGAACCAUUUUCUCUGCCAUACACCAGCAGAAUGUACAGCGACAUCCUACAAAGCUACAAUAAAUUGUGGGAACGUUAUGAUAAAUCGAUUACGAAACGUGAAAAAAUUUGGAAAUUGGCUGUACCGAAACAUAUGAAAUCAAAGUAUCGAAGGAAAAUCAAGUAUGCUGAAAGGACCACUUGUCAAGUUGAAAUUAUCAACAAAACCGAUAAAACAGAACAUACCCGAACUGAACAAUUGGCAUUUCCAAAACUGAGACAACUUUACGACCUAAAGAAAAAUCCCUCCUUCAAAUCAUUCGAUAGCACCCGAAAGAGCGGCGUUAAUCGAUUAAUUCGCAAGAACCUACUUUCUUUGUACAGCCGCUUACAAAAUGUAACACCGGAGAAAAAAACACAAAAAACGAUUACAUGGGGCUCGCAAAAAAAUGCAAACUUGCUGAAACGUUUAAAAUCAUUAGCCGAACCCAAAAAAUUAGUUUCUCUUUGCGAAGAAGAAUUUUCUUUUAAACCUCAAGGCAGGGAGGUGGGACCAAAUUUGAGGCGUAUUAGAAAAUUAAGCAAACCUCGGAUACGCAAGUCGAAAGAACCCCAUGCAUGGAUAUUGACAGCAGCUUUGAAAUAUUUUAAGCCCACCGAAAGGUUGCUUAAAAUGGCCCAACCCAGAAAGUAUGAAACAUCAUUUGAAGAAGCAAAACCCUUCCUUGUUCCACCGAUUGCUUUGAGUUAUAAAGCGACUUCGCGCAUAAAAACUUUGGCUGAACCGGCCAAGAGCAAAAUGAACAUUGAACAACGCAAAGAAAACCCGUUUCAGACUAGUGCAUGCGCUUUGAAAGCUGUUGCCUCCAAACGUGUACAGGAGUUAGCAACACCUAAAGAAUAUUCUGAUAUGAGCAAUCGUGGCGAUCCUUAUCGUGUAUCGAGAAGGGCCUUGCAGGCAAAAGCAACACCCCGUCUAAUCGAAUUGGCGGAACCAAGAAGAAAAAAAGAAAAAUAAUUGUCAACACUGGAAGGAAGGUCAUUACAGCAUCCAUGGUAUCUAUUAUUUAAAUUCAUUUAAAAGGAAAACUAUAAUUGUAUUUUCCUUUUGAGAGCAUUUAUAUAAUAACAUCAAUGGAGGCUUAUUUUCAACAACCUAAAAUCUGAACCCUUCAAUAAAGACUUUUUUGUUUUUAAAUUUCAA